AUGAAGUCAAUAGAACCAAAUGUUUUAAAUGGUGGUACAACUAAACCACCACCAUAUCCCGUUGAACCUCCAACAAUAAUUAGUAGUACACCAGGUCCUGAAUCUCAUACAGCUGAUUUAGUUUCUGCUGUUCAAUUUGGUUAUUACGAUCGUGUUGUUGAAUUAAUUGAACCUGCACCAUACCUUGCUUCAACACCAGUUGCUGGUAAUAUAACUUUACUACAUUGGGCAGCGCUUAAUAAUCGAGUUGAAAUCGCAAAAUAUUUAAUAAAUAAACGUGCUCAAGUAGAUGCAAUUGGUGGUGCACUUAAUUCUACACCAUUGCAUUGGGCUAUACGUGAUGGUCAUACUGAAAUGGUUAUUUUUCUUCUAUCACAUCAAGCACAAAUUUCAUUAUUUGAUGCCGAAGGUUUUUCUGCUUUGCAUCUUGCUAGUAUGUUUGGACAUACAGAUAUUGUUGCAUAUUUAAUUGCUAAAGGAGAAGAUGUUGAUAUACUUGACAAAUGUGGAAUGACACCAUUAAUGCAUGCUGUUAGUAAAAUAAAAAAUCGUGAUCCAACUCAAUUACUUGUUCGACUUGGUUCUCAAAUUAAUUAUCAAGAUCCAGUUAAUAAAUGUACACCACUUCAUUAUGCUAUUAAUGCAUCGAAUAAAGAAGCAGUUCAAGUUCUUCUUGAUGCUAAUGCUCGUACUGAUAUAUGUAAUUCUGAUAAUGAAACUCCAUUAGAUGUAGCACGAAGAUUGUCAGGGAAUAUGCAGUUAAUGUAUCUUCUAUCAAAAGAUAAUGGAUCAAAUCCUGGUUUACCAAAAUGGUUACAAUUUGAUAAAUCAAGUCGACGUCUAGGAACAAAACUUUUACCAUAUAUACUUAUAAUUGUUGUUGCAUUUAUAAUUCAAUUGCCAAUCUCAUUGAUUUAUAGAGGUAUUUUAUUAGUAUGUUUAGCUGGUCUAACAUCUGGAUAUGUCCGAAUAUUCUUCGAUAAUCAAAUGGAUCGAUAUUUACCAAUAGCUAUUGCUCAAGCAUCGAUCUUUUGGUUGUAUGUUUGUUAUUUCUAUUAUUUCUCGGCAUCUGUAAAUGUAAUAUCAAUUCAUUUUUUUUUCAUUAUUCUAUUAACAUAUUUAUCCUGGAGUAAUUAUUAUCUUGCUAUAAAACGUGAUCCAGGUUUUAUUGUUGGUAAUCGUGAACAAUUAUAUAGAAAUAUUAUUCAAUUAGUUGAACAAAAUUUAUUUGAUUAUGAAACUUUUUGUACAUCAUGUCUUAUAAAACGACCAAUUCGAUCAAAACAUUGUAAAGAUUGUCAUAGAUGUAUUUCAAAAUUCGAUCAUCAUUGUCCGUGGAUUGAUAAUUGUGUUGGUGAAAAAAAUCUUCGAUAUUUUGUUGGUUUCCUAUUUUUCACGCCAAUAUGCCUUGGUCUUUUUCUUCAUGCUUCAUUUUUACGUAAUAUUCCUUAUAUAAUGUCACAUUUCAAAAUAAUAUAUGUAUUACUCAUUUCAGAUUAUCAUCGUAAUUGCCAUUUAUUUUCAUCAGAAACAAUACCUCAAGCUUUAACAAUCAUAAUAAAUUGUUCACCAGUUAUUCUUUGGUUUACAUUUAUUGCAUGUGUGCAUAUUCUUUGGAUUAGUGGUCUUUGUGUAACAAUACUUGCGCAGAUUGCAUCUGGUUAUACAACAAAUGAAAAAUUCAAUUUUUGGCGAUAUAAAUAUCUUCGAAACAAAUCCUCCAGUCCAUUUUCAUUAGGAUAUAUACAAAAUUUAGUAGAUUUAAUUAAUCGACGUAUAUGUUGUUAUACACCAGUUAAUAUUGAUUGGGCAAGAAUUUAUUCAGUUGAAGAUUUUUAUCAAGCGAUUCCAUUACGUAUACGACAAAAAUUAAAUUUAUCUUCAAUGGAAUUAUCGAAUAUUUAA